CAUCAAAUGCGGAAGUAGCAUGCUGUUUUCAUCCUCCUUUGACAGCAUACGACAAGAACAUGGAAUCAGGCAGAUCUGCGAAGUUGGAGUUUGCUGUGCAGAUGACCUGCGAUAGCUGUGUGAACGCGGUGCGCAGCACGCUGGAGAAUCAGCCAGGGGUCCAGGCGGUGCAGGUGGACCUGGGUAAGGAGCAGGUGCUGGUGGAGGCGUCUCUGACGGCGCAGGAGGUGCAACAGCUGAUCGAGAGCACCGGACGCCGCGCUGUCCUCAAGGGCAUCGGCAGCGGGCAGCAGGACCUGGGCGCUGCCGUGGCCAUGCUGUCUGGCUGUGGGCCUGUGCAGGGGGUGGUGCGGUUCCUGCAGCUGUCCGAGGAGCGCUGUCUGAUCGACGGCACGGUCGACGGCCUGCAGCCUGGCUCCCACGGCCUGCACGUGCAUCACCUGGGAGACCUCACGCAGGAUUGUCUCAGCUGUGGCGAGCACUACAACCCCUACGACAAACCACACGGCGGACCACAGGACUCUGAGAGGCACGUGGGUGACCUGGGCAACAUCCAGGCAGGGCCCGAUGGGCGGGCCUCCUUCCGCUUGGAGGACACGCAGCUGAAGGUCUGGGAUGUCAUUGGUCGAUCUCUGGUGGUGGAUUCUGGGGAGGAUGACCUGGGGAAAGGUGGUCACCCCUUAUCCAAGAUAACAGGGAAUUCAGGAGAGAGAUUGGCCUGUGGCAUCAUCGCUCGCUCUGCGAGCCUGUUCCAGAACACCAAAAAGAUCUGUGCCUGUGAUGGAGUCACCCUGUGGGAGGAGAGAGAUCGCCCCAUCGCCGGGAAAGGUCGUCAGAAGUCCGACGCCCCGAGCGCCAAUCUGUGACCUCCUCACCUCUCCUCGCCUCAUCUCACCUGAGCACAGAGGUGGAAAACCUCCGACUUUAAGAAAGUUAAAGUCCUACCAUGUACAUGGUUGCUGAAGAAUUGCUCUAAUUUGACCCAGCUGGUGUAGUGAAAGGUUGGAACAAAAUGUGGUUGGAAUUUUACUCACUGAAGCCGGAGUUUUCCACGUCUGUCUCGUGAUCAUAUCCCAAGAUGUACAGUAGAUGUAACAUUAACCUCAGAACAAUGACUACACUUCCCAGAAUUCCUAAGUGUCUAACAGAACAGCAAGAAUAUUUAUCUCAAUCCAUUGGUGUAGUUGCUCUGGGGGGUAUUUCAAGCAUGUGGCUUAGUGAUAACCUGGGUAGUAAACGUCUGACUAAAAGAGAAUGAAGCCAUAGGACUCUUCUAUUAGUGGGUUUACCACUUCCUCAAAGUGAUCUCACCCAGGUUUGUCACUAAACCACAUAGUUGAAAUGCACCCCAGGUCUGGUAGUGAAAGAGUAAGGAACAAUGAAAGAGAGACUAAACUGACUUUGCACUGGUGUGAAUGAGUGUGUGACUGACUAUAAAGUGUCUCAGAGAGUGGAGAGGCCAGAGAUUCCCAUGUUCGGAGUUUUAAUGUACUGGCCUAAAGCACUGCAUUCCACUCAGAUGGUCUUUAUGAGAUCCCCCACUGGUCUGCAAAUUCCACAAUGGACACUCAUUUCCAUGAGAAAAGAAAAUGUACAAAACAUUUCUCUCCCGCUCUUGAUCACUGUCUGUCUCCUCGUGUGUGUGAGUGUGUGUAGUGUGUGUGUGUGUGUGUGCGCAUUUGCGUGUACAUGUGUUUGUAAGAAAAUGGAGUGAUUUGGUGAUGUUUCAUUUCAAAAUGGAGUGAUUUGGUGAUGUUCCACAACUAUUUUUUGUCUCCCCUUUGCUAUGAGCAUCUCUCCGUUGGUCUCAAAUGCAGUUCUCGGGGGAACUGGAGAAAGGCAUGUGAGUUGAGUUGUGCUUCAUAACCAACUCCAGAUGUUUGCCAUCUUAGACUGUUGUAAUGCAAACCAAAAGUUAGGAGAGAGGGGCUUAGGGCUGAAUUUGAUAUAUUUUUUGAGACAUUUUUCACUGAAUUCCUGAAGCAACCAAAAGAUGGGUGUUGGAAAAAUUCUGUUGAUGAUUAAAGCUUGGCCUAUGCUUGACAACAAAAAAAUAAAUUAAUAUUUUUCUCCUUGACUUUCAAAUCUCCCAAGUUGUCAGAGAGCACUAUUGCUUUGUUUGCUGUCAUGAUGAGAACAAAUAUUGUUCCAUAGCUGUACCAUAAUGAAGUGUCAUUAUUUUGUAAUUCAGCGCUUUGUGAUUGUAUUUUUAAAUUAAUAAAUAAAAUAUUUGCCAACCA